UGUGUGAGAUAUUUAGUUUGAGCCUCAGCCAAUCAGCGCGCUGCGCCCUAAACUUCCAGCCAAUCGGAGAGCUCGUGGAACUUUAGAGACUCUUUAGAGCGACUGAGUCCGCGCUCGCUCUUUAUUUUGAUGCACGAGCUCUCGAUGGGACACGUUUUUUAUGCUAAUCUCGUCUUUUAUACAGUGCGGAGCUUUUGUGAGCGCUGGGCUUUAUAAGGAGGGAAUGGUGCCGUUAGCCGUUAACCCUCGCUGAGGAUCUCAGAGCAGCAGCCCUUUCUGAAGAGCCCUCCACGAUACAGCCCUUUGCCAUGAGCUGCCUGGAUGUUAUGUAUCAUCAGAACUAUGGAGCUCAUCACUAUUUGCCAGCGACCUCGGUGGCAGCGGCAGCAGCCUACAAAGCAGCUUACUAUCACCAUCAUCACCACCAUCACCAGCAGCAGCAGCAGAAAAAGUUCAGUGCCUACAGUAAGAUGCAGGGCUCUCUGGACACGCCUGUGCACUGUGGCCAGAGCAAGCCGGCUGAGAAGCCCAGGGCUGAGCCUGAGCUGCAGAGAGAAGAAGGGCCGGCCGGCGUGGAGGAGGCGAGGUGUAAAGAGACGCAGCCCGCCGAGGCCGAAUACCUGAGCGCCAGGUGUGUGCUCUUCACGUAUUUCCGAGGGGACAUCGGGGACGUGGUGGAUGAGCACUUCUCCAGGGCCCUGAGCCAACCGAGUGCCUUCACUAACGACACUAAGAGCAGCAGGCACGCUUCUGGAGAACCAUGGAAAGAUGGAGGCUCUCCUUCAGAAGCUCAGUGUGGCUCUUUGUCCUCCUCCUCACUGUGGAGCAGCAGUUACCCCUCACAGACCACCAGCCCCUGCAUCUCCUCUGUUCACACCGACUUCCCUGCCACGGCCUUUCACACAGCAGACUCGAGCAUUUGGAGUGGCCACAGCCUGGCCCAGCCUGGGCUACCUCCUCCAUCAGCCCUCACUGACUCCUGGCCCUACGCCCUGGGCAGCCAGGGUGCCCCCGGAUACCCUCACAUCCACGAGAUGUACCCUCACAUGCAUCCGCGUCACCCGCACCCCCAUCCCCACCCUCACGCCCACCCGAUGCUCCAUCACACCCACGGCACGGCCCUGGACCCCCGCUUCAGUCCCCUUCUGCUGCCUGGCAUGAGGCCAUCCUGCAGCCCUUCAUCAAACACAGAGGGAGUAAAGACAGAGCUGGAGCCCAGCGCCUCUGCAGCAUCCAGCUGGCCAGCAGCAUCAUUCCAUGGCUCUGUGGACAUCUACGACACAGCAUUGGACCAAGACAAACCCAAGGCCAGCGUCUGGUUCUGAAACAUUCUGAAAUACCUCCCGGUGACACGCAGCCUUGGAGCGGAGCAGCUCCGACAUGAACAAUGUGAGAUGGCCCACGGUCGCACUGUGGAAUCUCUCCCUGGAAAGCUUUCACAUUCCCCGGGACGCGACUCAGGAAAGAAAACUUUGUCUCCCUCGGUGAGACAAGCAUAAUAAUAAAUUUGGAGCAAAACAGCCUUUCUAUAAAAGCAAAGCAUCCUGUUUUGAGUCAGUGUGUCUGGUGUGUGCUCACGGAGAAAGAAUCAUUAAUGCUUUCAGCUGGAGUGCUCUACCACCUGGACUAUUAAAGAGCUCUCAGAGAGGAACUGCAGUGAAGGACUCCACUUAAAUAUAUCAGAGUCGAAGAGGUAUAUUUUCCUACUUUUUUGUAAAUCCCUGUUGAACUUUUCCUAGUUGGUGGCUGAUGUUGAAAAAGUACUUACCACUGGUUCUGUUGAAAGAACUGCCUGUGUGGGUACGAUGAAGGGCGGUUCUGUACUUACGUGGCUUUGAAAGUGUGAAUGUUUGAGUAGCAGACUUGUUCAAAUAGAAGUGUUUAUUUACUUUAAUAUAUUUUGUUUAUAGUCUUGUGAUUUACAGACUUGUGAAAUUCUCUAAGACAUUUGUGCAAAUUGUUUCUACCAAAGUUUAAAGUUCUAUGUUCGGGUUACUUUUUGAAUGUUGUUAAAAAUGUCAAUGUUUUCAGUUCUAAAAUAAAUUGAUAAUUUCUGA